AUGGCUGACAGAAAGCACUCAAACGUUUGGCCCCAUUUUUCUAAAUGCGAUGCAGAUUACGCUCGCUACAAUAUUUGUAAUGCAAAAUGCAAGACCAGCGGCGGAAAUACAUCUAAUCUGAGGAAGCACCUGGUUAAGCAGAAGAUAUUUCUCAACGCUGAAGAGAGCACAAUUUUUGACUGCUUACGAGUCAGAUCAGCUCCUGAAUUCGGCACCGCUUGCGACUUAUCGUCUGUAGCCAGCAUCGCUGGAGAAGAUACGCUUGUUGAAACAUUUGGUGAUGGCAACAGUGACAACGACAAUUCAAUGGUUCAGGAUGAGUGGCAGGGACUGAAGAUCUUGGUCAAUGAAAACUUCAGAGACAAGACCUACAGUGGUCUGUGGGAGACCAUGCUGACCAAAGAGCCAUACAGGGAGGACUACAAGUGCUCCUCUUGUCCACCCACAGAUGAUUUCCCCAUCAAGGAGGGUGACGUGCUCCACUCCUUUUACAUAGUACAGGAGUUCAUUGGUGAGGGGAGCUUUGGAAAGGUGGCCAAGUGUCGACACAACGUCACCCAUGAAGAUGUGGCCAUCAAAAUCUCCAAGAACAAGCCCAGUAUUAUAAAAGAGACAAAGAAAGAGAUCGCCAAUCUUAAACUCCUGAGUGCCCUGGAUCCAGAGAAAGCAAACAUUGUGAGGUGGUACGAUGCCUUCAUGCACAAAGACCUCCUUUGUCUGAAAUUUGAACUCCUGCACCAGAGUCUGCUUGACUAUUUGGAUGAGAUGAGUUUUGAGCCUCUUCCAGCCAGUGAUCUGCGUGCUGUUGUGCAGCAAAUGGCCACCGCGUUGCUUCACCUGGAGACCCUGGGGGUGAUCCACUGCGAUAUAAAACCCCAGAACAUCAUGGUGGUCGACAACGUCCAGCAACCACUGAAGGUCAAAUUAAUUGACUUUGGUUUGGCUCAGCACAUCUCGGAGCCUCCGUCAUUUGCAGGGACCCUGUCUUACCAGUAAGUCCAAAUACUGCAGAGAAUAUUUAACUUGAGAUCUUGUUGCUUGUUUCUGACCUGAAAAUUGAUGAUAAAAUGAAACUUUUGUUACAUGGUGUAAUGUUGCUCUGUUCCUCUUUGCUCAGAGCUCCAGAGGUAUUCUUAGGUUUGGCCUACAGCGAGGAGAUUGACAUGUGGUCGCUCGGUGUGUCCAUGGCUGAGCUGGCUCUGGGAGUCUCCCUGUAUCCCGGAGAUCAUUCAUAUGAUAUAAUGAAGUUCAUUGUGGACACACAGGGUCUGCCCCCAGACUACCUCCUCAGGUUGGGACCAGAAACCAACCACUACUUUAACAGACGUCGUAUUGAUGGUCAGGACACCUGGACACUGAAGGUACCAUCACAUCCGUCCAGCCUUUCAUCCAUCCAUUUUUUUCUGAGAGUUA